AAUAGGAAAAGCGUGAGAGUUUUUAUGGAAAUUUAUUCCAGGACAAAUUAUAAUACUGUAGUGUGUUUCACUAUUGAAGACGCGGUUUGGAUUGGUAAUUGGUUUUAUUAACAACCUACAAGUCGUAACUACAAUUAAUAAAAGUUAGAAAAAGUCUUGCUUUUAAAGAAUGAGUUUGUCACAGCACGAGAGAUUAAAGAGCCUGUUCUGUCAAGCCAAAGAUUUUCAAUUGAACGGUUGAUAAAUAUAAGACUUGGAUGUAUCGUUACAGUAAAUUUUGAAAAUAGGUAGUGCAGCCUUGCAGCACGUCAGAUGUGAGUCAUUUUGUGCAAUAUACAAUUUAGAGCUUCAAAGAAAACAAUGGCGUCGCGAAGUAUUAGGAAAUCAAAUGAAGAAGAAAAUAAUGUGGUUAGCACUGGUGAAGGCUUAAUUGACAGAGUGUUGGGAGACGUAGGAAAAUAUUCCGCUACGAAGCAACUUAUAAUUGGAAGUAUUUCUGGAUGGUGCACGGGAUUCAUUUCUAUGAAAGUCGGAAAAGCUGCUGCCUUCGCGUUUGGAGGAGGCAUCAUACUUUUGCAGAUUGCAAACCACCAAGGUUAUAUCAAAGUGAACUGGGACAAGGUGUGCAAACAAGCCAACAAAGCUACAGACAGAUUGGGAGAAAAGGCAGGACAGGGCCCUGAAUGGAUGGAAAAGGUGGAACGCUAUGUAGAUCGCAAGCUGGACAAAGCAGAGGAUGUCUUGAAGAGGAAGGAACGCAAGGCACGGCGUUGGUAUCAUUCUUUGAUCAACAGCGAGGAACCAUACCAGCUAAAGGAGAUCCACAUUUUCCUGGUGGCAUUUGCUGCCGGAUUAGCAAUUGGUAUUGCCUCUGGUUAGUGAGCUCUGGCUCAUGUGUAUGUUACAUAAAAUGAUCGUUUUUAUAGCUUACAGUAAUUUUCUGGUUUAUGUGGUGAUUAUUCUAGCUUAUUAACAAGUCAACAGUUGUAAAGAACGGUGAGACCCAUAUUGAGAGUCACUGUUUAAUGUGGUGGGGAUGAAACUGGUCUGAAAUAUAUCAGUUUUAGCUUUUAAAUGAAUGUUGGUGUAGAUAAAAGAUGUAAUAGUUAUUCUCCUUUCAAGUUUCAAGUGAGUUUAGUUUGGUUGUUACAUUGCCCUGCUAAAGCAAUUUGAAACAGAUGGCCCAAGAAAUGGAUAUUUUAACUUCACCAGCCACAGUGCAGACAUGUCCUAUUUGUCUAAUUAUGGUGCAGGCCUUUUCCAGAGGAUAAGAUGGAUCUUGAAGCCUUUGGUAAACCCAGCCCAGAUGUAUGUUUAGUACAGUGUUGAGUUGUCACAACAGAGCAAGAGACUAAUAAGGUCUAGUGUUAAGACACUGAUCUCCUGUUUUAUGGGACUGGAUGGAUUUAGUAUGGAUUAUCCUUAUGCCUAUGCCAUUCCCCACCUCUGACAGGGUCAGAAUAUCAGUCCCAUCAGCUUCGGAGGAUACAUAAGCAGCAGGUAGGCUCCUGCAAGCUAUCAUCUUCAUCAUGUCAUCAUGGGGAAUGAGCAGAAUUCAACCUCCAUACGUAGGUAGAAGCCAGCAAGGUAAAACCAUAAAUAAACAAACAAAAGCUGUUUAAAUACAUACAUGCUUCCCUCAGAAUAAUAGAACCUGAUAUAUAUUUAAUGAUCUUUCUCCAUGAAAUGAAAGUGUUAAAAUAAUACACAGCUCCUUUGAAAGGAAUCAGAAAUGCUAUAGACCUAUUUGGAUGUCUUCCAAGACAGUUUUACUUCACUUUGUGCUUUGCCUGUUAUCAUUUACAGAAACAGUCAUAGACUGGAAUUCUUGCUAGGCCAUACUGCAAUGCAGGGCAGUGAUUUCCACAUCUGUGAUAGUUCUACUCUGUUCAUUAAGUUAGGUCUAUUUAUCGAUUCAGUAUAGUGAGUUUUGUUGGUGGGAGAUGUAGAUUACAUGUUUGUUGAUGCAGAGAUUUAUACCAGAAAAGGUAUUUUUUUAUGUAAUUGAUGUAGUGGUUACUAGUGGUGGAAAUAUAAUUUAUAAGGAUGUACCUAAUGUGGUUACCAUAUUAAUAAUAUUAUUUUGUUAUUGAUUAUGGCAGCAGAAUCACUGUUCCCAGUACUUGGAGUGGUAACUGUAAGGCAAGAAAAAGUAAGGGGUGACAUAUUGCUUACCUGAAAAUAAAAGGCUACAUAAGUUU